AAUAUAUGAUCUUGCUACUUAAUAAAUUAUUUUCUCCAAAUCUUAACAAAAGGCGCUAUCAGUGCAAGUCAUACUUUUAAGCGUAAAUGAAUAGAAAUACUUGACGUCAGUUUUUAUUUUAAACAAUUAUUGAUUCAGGGUUUAUGAAAAUGAUGCAAUUUACAAGAACUUUCAUGCAAAGGAAUAAAAAACAAUUUGUUGGACAAAGUUUUUCAAGAUUAAAAUCCUCAGAUUUUUUUAGUAAAAGUAUUGUUCACUUGAAACAAAGAAAACUGUUACAUAUAUCAGGGCCUGAUGCCUCAGAUUUUCUGCAAGGAUUAAUGACUAAUGAUAUUAGACAUUUAGAAGAUGGAUCAAAAAGCAUAUAUUCAUUAUUUCUUAAUAUCAAGGGUAGAAUAUUGUUUGAUAGUAUUAUAUACAAGUGUCAAGAAAAGGAUGCUUUUUACAUUGAAUGUGAUUCUACACUUUUUAAUAAUUUUAUAAAACAUUUAAAAAUGUAUAAACUGAAAAGAAAAGUCAAUAUACUACCUAUGAAUAAUGAUAUGAAAGUGUGGUGCAUUUAUGAAAAUAAAGUUGAUGACCAAGUUUCAUAUAACAAUAUUGAUAAUCCAAAAAUAUCAGAAGAAAACAUUUCAGCAUGUUCAAUAAGUAAUAAUACUAAUGGAAUAAUAGACAACAUAGCUGUGUAUCAAGAUCCUAGAUUAUUUGAAUUAGGAUACAGAGUUUUAACAAAAUCAGUAGUUGAUUCUGAUGAUAUAAAUAAAUAUCUAGAUUUGAACAUCAAACUUCAUGAGAUAAUUGAUUAUAUAUCUUUUCGAUAUAAACUGGGUGUGCCUGAAGGAGUACGAAAUUUCCCAAUUGGAGUAUCAUUUCCUUUGGAGUCAAAUUGUGAUUACUUACAUGGAGUAAGUUUUCAAAAAGGAUGUUAUAUAGGACAAGAAUUGACAGCCCGAACAUACCACACAGGUGUUGUAAGAAAAAGAAUCAUGCCUUUGAUAUUAGAUAAUGGAUGCACAGAAAAAUUUCAAAGUUAUGAAAAUAUUACUAAUGAAUCUGGUCAAAUUAUUGGUAAAAUCAUUGAUCACGAAGGAAAUUAUGGCCUUGGUUUAAUGCGAAUAUCUGAAGCCUCAGCUUCUUCAAUCAUAAAUAUAAGUAACUGUACUAUGAAACUCAUGAAGCCUCAAUGGUGGCCACAAGAUAAACCAAAAAUUGAAUCAUCAUUAAAAAAUAAAAACUGAUCUACUGUAUUCAUUUGAAUUUUAGUAAAAACAAAUAUCCUCAAUCCUAGUAAUUUUCAUAGUCCAAACAAUAUAGAAUUAGUCAAAAUAAUAUCUUUUUUUAACUUAUACAAAUACAUGAUUUUAAAAAAUCUUUUAAAAACUUCAAAAUUUUUCAGUUUUAUAAUCAAAAUGGAUGAAACUUUUCCUGACAAACAGUUACUUGUAAGUGCUGGUAAAAAGGAAGAUUUGCAAGUGGACACUGAAUGUGCA